AUGGUUCAUCUGCUGCCCUUCCUCCUGGCAGCGAGCCAAUGCCUCGGCCUCGCGGCAUCAGCAUCCCUCAAAGCCCCCCCAAGCGGCCCAAAGGGCCAAUCCCAGUCUUUCUUCAUCAAAAAGGGCCCCGGCCUCGGGGAGGACGCAUUCCAAGAGUACGACGCAUCGGACUACUCCGCCUGGGAGCCCGACCCGUCCAUCUACGACGGCGUCCCCAUGGUGGUCAAAAAAACCGUGGUCGACGGCAAGAACCUCACGUACCAGGACUUUGACGUGGAAAAGCUCUCGCUGGACCAGUUCAAGAAACAUCUCAUGGGGGCCGAUGUGUUUUACGACGAACACAAGCGGUUUCUUUUCAACGACGCCGACGCCGAGGCGUACCGGAACCAUCUUCUCGGCAAGAGCCACUAUCUCGGCUUCAACCUUACCCAGCGCAACCCCAGGCUGCUGGUGAAACGCGACUUCUGCACCGGAUAUAGUCCGAUGUGCAAGGGAGCCUGUCUUUUCCCCCUGUCACACGGCAUUAUUCAACACAUGAACCACGAUGCCUACGGCAAAUGGCAUUAUGAAGACACUCUUUUCUGCGGCGCUGGUUCCAUUUCCCACACCAAUACAAUUUCAAUUCCCAGCAGCCUCUCCUUCAGCUUCACCAGCAUGAUUCCCAAGUUUGGCGCGGGCUGGCUCGGUUCAUUUACCCAGUUUUUCGCCGCGGUCGGCAUCACCGUCAACCCACCGCCAAAAACCCUCACGACUUCGAUAGGUUAUUCCGGUAAUUGUGAUGCGCAUACACAAUGCCUUCUUUGGUAUAGACCGCACUACACGCUCUACACCGGCAUAGUCGUCACCCGCUUCAUAGACGCCGAGACUCAUUAUGGGUGCAGCAAGCCCAACCAAAUAACUCCCUGGCACGGCCACGGAGUGCACAGUAAAAGCGACCCUGGCGGCCCUGAAAUCCACGGCGCUUGCUACACCAUGAAAUAUCAUGGAUGCCCGGCUCCAGUCAAAAAAUCGGUGAACUUGCCACGCUGCCCGGGCGUGUGA